UGCAGGGCUGUAAUUGAAGUACAAGAUGGCAAGAACCAGCCACAGCAACUACGUCCUUCAGCAGCUAAACAACCAAAGAGAGUGGGGCUUUCUGUGCGACUGCUGCAUCGCUAUCGAUGAUAUUUAUUUUCAAGCACAUAAAGCAGUUCUUGCUGCGUGCAGCUCCUAUUUUAGGAUGUUUUUUAUGAACCAUCAACACACUACAGCCCAGCUGAAUCUAAGCAACAUGAAGAUUAGCGCAGAAUGCUUUGAUCUUAUUUUACAGUUCAUGUAUUUAGGAAAAAUUAUGACAGCCCCUGCCAAUUUCGAGCAAUUUAAAGUGGCCAUGAACUACUUACAGCUAUAUAACGUACCUGAAUGUCUGGAAGAUAUACAGGAUACAGACUCAUCUAGUUUAAAAUGUUCGUCUUCUGCUUCUAGCACCCAGAAUAGUAAAAUGAUAUUUGGCGUGAGAAUGUAUGAAGACACGCUUGCUAGAAAUGGCAGCGAAGCAAACAGGUGGGGCAUGGAGCCGCCAAGUUCAACAGUAAAUACAUCCCAUAACAAAGAGCCUGAUGAAGAAGCUUUGCAGCUAAGCAGCUUCCCCGAACAACUGUUUGAUGUCUGCAAAAAGAGCACCACGUCCAAAUUCUCUCACGCGAAAGAGCGCGUGUCCCACUCGCGCCGUUUUGGGAGGAGCUUCACCUGCGACAGCUGCGGGUUUAGUUUCAGCUGUGAAAAGCUGCUGGAUGAGCACGUGUUAACGUGCACUAACAGGCAUUCUUACCAAAGCGCCAGGUACUACAGUGCUGAAAAACUGGACUUUAAUGAAAAGGACUCUACUUCUAAAAUAAUCUCCACACAAACAGAAAAAUACAAGGGGGACUCGAGCCAAGCUGCGGAUGAUUCUUCGUCUCCCGUGUCGAACGUCACAAGCAGAAAAAGCAGCACGGUUGCCUCUGAGACAUCAGGUGAAGAAGGCAGCAGAGCCUCUGAGAGGAAGAGGAUUAUCAUCAAGAUGGAACCAGAGGACAAUCCUGCAGAUGAGCUGAAGGAUUUUAAUAUUAUUAAAGUGACAGAUAAAGACUGCAAUGAGUCCUCCGACAACGAUGACUUAGAUGAUGAACAGGAAGAGCCGCUUUACAGAUACUAUGUCGAGGAAGAGAUCAGAGAGAAGAGAAAUGCUCGGAAGACUUUAAAACCGCGUUUAUCCAUGGAUGAGGAUGAAAGAAAGUGUUUGAAAAGUCCACGGCACCUUAACAGGAAGGCUCCGUCAGUGCAGGAAGAUGUGGAGAACGCUCCCUGUGAACUUUGUGGGCUGACAAUCACCGAGGAAGAUUUGUCCUCUCAUUAUUUAUCCAAACACAUAGAAAAUAUAUGUGCUUGUGGCAAGUGUGGUCAAAUACUGGUCAAAGGCAAGCAGUUACAGGACCAUGCCCAGACCUGUGGAGAACCCCAGGAUCUGACCAUGAACGGUAUCAGGAAUUCUGAGGAGAAAAUGGACUUGGAAGAAAACCCCGAGGAGCAGUCGGAAAUAAGGGACAUGAUGUUUGCAGAGAUGCUGGAGGACUUCAGGGACAGUCACUUCCAAAUGAACAGCCUUCAAAAAAAACAGUUAUACAAGCAUUCUGCCUGUCCUUUCCGAUGCCCUAAUUGUGGUCAGCGUUUUGAAACCGAAAACCUAGUGGUUGAACAUAUGUCGAACUGCCUGGAGCAAGAUCUGUUCAAGAACUCCAUGAUGGAAGAGAACGAGAGGGAUCACAGACGUAAGCAUUUCUGCAAUCUUUGUGGGAAAGGAUUUUAUCAGCGCUGCCACUUGCGGGAACACUAUACCGUUCAUACCAAGGAAAAACAGUUUGUUUGUCAGACAUGUGGGAAGCAGUUCUUAAGAGAGCGCCAGUUGCGGCUCCACAAUGAUAUGCACAAAGGCAUGGCCAGUAGUGAAAUAGGGACUUCUAAGCUUCUGAACAACUGAGAGAACCAGGUUUGAAGAAGACAUGAGGACGAACUGGUCGGCAAAAGAUUUCAUAAAAACUCAGAACCGCGUGUGCCAGAUCUGAAUUGGCACCACCUUUGCUUUUUGACAUACUGCAGCAGUCGCAAAAGGCACCAAAGCACUCAAAUUAGAACAUGCAGUAAAAGUUGUUCUGGACUCUUCUCUGUAUUAUAAAACUUACUUCCUUGUGACUAUUAUUUACACCUGUUAAAGACAGAUUUGCAGUCUCCUUUCAUGGAGCAGACAGGCAAAAGAGGCAGAUGCCAGGUGUUAAGGCCUGCACUGAAAUGGGUUUGUGGAAUUUGCUGUUCACAUGCUGGAGUGCUCCUUUUCUAAAAUGAGGCUUCUUAGAGUUUGUCAAAAACUGUUUAGAUUUUUUAGUUCAAACAUUAUAAGUGUAACUUAUGUAUUUUCAGACAGUUACAAUGCUAAACUAUCAAGUGUUGAGAAAAAAAAAAUUAAUCUGGAGUACAAGGUGAAAGAAAAAAUCUUAAAAACUGAGGACAGAGGGUCCCUGAGGAAGGACAGGAUGGUGAGAAAGAUCCAGCUGACCUGAUUCCCCCUGCUGCCGUGAUCAUCAUUUGCAAGCUGAAGAGGACCUUCCAUGGAGCACAGUGCU